AUGGAAGGGCGCACAGCAGCAGAGGCCUCCAGGCCACUGGCAGCAGUUGCAGCGCCUGCUGGUACAACAGCAGCAGCAGGGAAUGCUUCUUUUGCCGCACAUUCUGCUGUGCCGUCUCAUGCCUUCGCCAGAUCUGCGGCGCCCUUCGCAACCCCAGCUGCCGCCGCAGCAGCAGCCUUCCACGCCGUUGCUGCCGCAAUGCCUGCAGCUGCCAACCCAGCAGCAGCAAUGGCGACAGCACUUGCUGCAGCUGGGAGGCCCCUCUCCGUUGGGGGUGUCCCCCAGGCUGCUGUUGGGCCUCUCUUGCAGCAGGCACAGAUGCCUUGUAUUGGUGUGCCUUCACCUAACGCAGCACCAAUCGUUUCUCCUGCAGCAGCUGCUGCAGCAGCGCCUCCUACUGCAGCAUCUCCAUCACAUGUAGGAGGGCCGACCAGAGGAGCAGCUCAUGGUAUACAAGGCAGCCCUUACACAGCAGCUCCAGCAGCACCACCACCACAGCAACACACGGCAGCCCCACCACCUCCGGCAGCAGCUCCUGCGGUUGCAGUGCCACAACGUACUGGAGCUUCUGCUGCAGCAGCUCCUGCCCCCGCAGCAUCUGCUGUAGGUGUUCCAGGUCCUGGAGGAGGAGCGCAUAUCCCUGCUGCUUCACAUCACGUAGGGUCACCAUCCCCAGCAGCCACAGCAGCUCCCGUAGCAGCUACUGCAGCGUCGGCGGCUCGUGGUGCGUCGCCUGCCCCCGUGUAUGCUGCUGCUGCAGCCAGCCCUCCCGCGUCUGCUGCAGCAACUCCUGCCACGACGAACAUUGCUGCAGCAGCUGCGAAGGCAGCUGCUCCACGGGGUAGCCGUGCGGGUGCCCGGGGUGGUCGUCGAAACCGGGGAACCGCACCAGCACCAGCAACAGCAACAGCUGCGCCAACACCACCAGCAGCACCUGCGACACAAGCUGCUGGAGAGAGGCCCCAGAGGGCGCGAAGGGCCCCGCGAAUGUUUGAAGUGGACGCAGCGGCCGAUGACAAGCUGCUGAAGGUCGCCAUUGGACGCUCUCUCUUGGAGACACGUCGCGUGGAGAUGAAUUACUCUUCUUUGCCUGCUGUUCCUGAGCUACGCUUUCCCUCGCGCGCUGCUUUCUCUGCUAAUCCGAUUUCCUUCUUCGAGAGUCUGCGCGCAAUAGGCAGGGAAUUCGGAGCUGUCAAAGUUAUUCCUCCAGAGGACUGGAGUCCCCCAUUUGCCCUCCAAGCCCUCAUCAACGAUCAGGCGCUUUUCCAUGUUCGAACCCAAGAAGUUCACUCUCUCAUGUCGGGCAAGCCGUUUCAACACCCAGAGGCGCCAGUGCAUGCGUCGGAGUUGCGUUCGCACGACCGCGAGUUGACUCGGCAGGUCUUUGGCUGUUGCAGUCCCAGCAUCGAGACAGUAGAGGCAGUGUACUGGAAAAGCGUUGAGAGUGGGGCCCCACAACUGACAGUGCACUACGCAGCAGAUCUACGCACCAACGAACUGGGAAGCGGCUUUCCAGUGCCCCCCGAAGGAACACCAACAGGCGAUGCUUCACUGGACGGCUCUACAGCAAACUGCGCCAGGAGCAGCAGCAACGCUAGCAGUAGCAGCAGCGCGAGUAGCGGCAGCAGCAGCACGGAGGCCAGCGUGGGAGGUAGCCCGCAACAGCGGCAGUGCCACGCCCCUGCGCCGCAGGCGCACGACGGCAUGACCAAGACGGAGCCCCAUCUCCAACCGCAGCAGCAGCAGCAGUUGGAGCAGGACUACGACUACGCAACUCAUCCCUGGAAUCUGGCGCGCCUGGCUCGGGUUGAAGGCUCUCUACUGCGGCAUUAUCAUCGGGAUGUGCCUGGGGUAACGUCACCGUGGCUUUACGUGGGUACUGUCUUCUCGAGCUUCUGUUGGCAUACGGAAGACAACUUCUUCGCCGCGUGCAACUACCACCACUGGGGGGCACCCAAGAUAUGGUAUGUGGUGCCGCCUUCUCGGGCUCCGUCUGUCGAACGGACGCUGCAGUCUUACCUUGCUGAUCGGGAUCCUCAUUAUGUGCUGCACUCGUUAACGGUGCAGCUGCCUCCUUCGUUGUUUGUGGAAAACAACAUCCCUGUCUACCGCAUCGAACAACACGCCAAGGAAUUUGUCAUGCUGUGGCCACGCACGUACCACGCGGGAUUUAACGCAGGGUUUAACUGCAACGAGGCGUGCAACUUCGCGCCUCCUCUGUGGCUGCAGUGGGGCCAAAAGGCCAUUCGGAGUUACCGGUACAUGCGUUCUACGUGCAUCCCUUAUCAGCAGUUAGUGCUGCGUUCUGCACUGCAAUCGUCUGGGGGGUUUUCAGGGCGACAGCAGCUCGAGCUGUGUAGAGCGGUGGCUCGACUGCUGCUUGAGGAAUUCGCUGGCCGAGCUGCUGCAGUUGAGCAGCAUCUUGCUGCAGCUCCCAUGCAGCUUGCCGCAGGACAGCUGAACCUGGUGGAGGCUCUCGACCCAGAGGUGAAGGGAUGGCGGCAAGACUUGAGGCGGCUUCUCUCUUCAUUUGGGGAUCUGCUGGUGCCUCUUCCCUUCGGCGAUGAAGAGGGGCCCAAGGAGGAGCUGCUGCAGCGGAUGGCUCGGGUGCUGUCGCUGCCGGUUAAGGAUUGCAGUAGCUGCAAGGCAUGCUGUUCCCUCACUUGCGUCUCCUGCUGCCACCAAGAAGACUACGUGUGUCUCGAGUGUACCGGCAGCCUCUCCUGCAAUUGCGCGCAGCGCAUCGUUCUCACCCGUUUCCCGCUCCCUACCCUGCGGCUAAUUUACCAGCAUUGUCUGGACACGCUGAUGCUGCUCACCAAAGAAGCGACAACAGAGAGAGCGGGAAUAAAGCAAGUGCAACAGCAGCAGCAGCUUGGGGAGAACAGUGUGGGAGAAGGCAUUGUGACGAAGGAAGGCACAACUGUGUCUGUGUCUUCUGAUAUGCCGGUCAGUGCCGCAGUGGCGACAGCAGCAGCAGAAGUUGCUGCAGUUGUCGAGGGAGUAGCUAUGAAGUGCCCUUCUCCAGGAGCAGAUGAACUAGCCCCCCGUAAGAGGGGGAGGCCUCGCGCUGCCUCCCGGGCUGUCGGAGAUGUGAAGCGGCGAGCAGCAGAAGCAGGGGCUGCAGCGGCACACCAAGAGAAGCCUCUUCUGCAGGAGAUUCAAGAGGACACGCUGUUGCAGUCCGUACCCUCAAUGAGCGACCUCGUGGCUCUUGAGCGCAAGGCCUACAGAGGAGUGGACUUCUACGCCGUCAGCUACAACGACGAGGCGGAGCACGAGCCAGAGCCGCAGCCGCCUUCGCCGCCAGCUUCCAGCACUGCGCUUACCUCUGUGGGGGUUGACCCCCUACAGCAGCAGCAGCAAGAGCAUCAUCACCAUCAGCAGCAACAGCAGCACCACCACCACCACCACCCCGCAGUCGCGCAGUUGCCCUCAGCAGACAACCCUGCCCUCCUGCACCAACUAGGCCUCCAGGGAUUUGCGGCUGCAGCGCUGCAACACCGCUCGUUGCAGCAGUCACAGGAGGCCCAGCAGCAGGAACUCAAGCAACAGCAAGAGCUGCUGCAGAUCCAGCUGCUGUUGGGGGAGCAGCGCAUGCUCGACAGCCCCACGGAACAGCAGCUCGCAGCCCUACAGCAACACCACGAACAGCAACAGCUGCAGCAGCAGCAGCUUCAGCAACAGCACCGCCAACUACAGCAGCAGCAGUUGCAGUUGCAGCAGCAGUUGCAGCAACAGUUGCAGCAACAGUUGCAGCAACAGCUACAGCACCAGCAACACCUGCAGCAGCACCAGAGACAUGCAGAUUUGCAUUCGUUGCAAGCUGGGGCUCUGGAGUUGCAUCCCCAUCACGGCUUGCUGCCGCACUCCCAGGGGAGCAGUAGCUUGACUUCCCUCUCUAGCCAAGCUCCGCCGCAGCAGCAUCAGCAGCUGCAGCAUCAGCGUGAGGGGGAGCAGCGGCUACACGGCGUUUCUCCCCUGACGCACCGGCUCGCCGAGUCCCGUAGCAGCAGUCAGGUGGGGGGUGCGGGUGUGGCACAGCAGCAAGAGGGAGGAGAGGACAGUAGCACAAAGAGCAGGGAGCCACUGGCGGUGGAUUGCGGAGAAUGGGCUCCGUAUGAAGUGGGGUCGCAGCUCGAUAUAAGUGUGGGGCGACUAAGCUGCUCGCAGGUGCCGGCCCCCGAGGAGGCGCCUCCCGCUGCGGGCCGUAGAGGUCGCAGGGUAGUGCCCUUCAGGGUGAUUCCCCCGGAAUUAGUAGUGGACAGAAGGCGCGAGUUAGCAGUGCGAAGGUAUGUACAGCAGCUGACGUGGAGAUACUUCAUCAAGACGCUCAAAGAGGAAGCGGAGGACGAUGACGAACAGAUCCUCCCCAUGUUCAAACGCGCCGCAAGGCCAGAAGCUUAG